AUGUCAUCUGAAGCCAAAGUCGGCGGGCAGGUCAACACCGUCAAUGUUCUCGGUGUCCGUUCGGAGACGAACAUCAUCAAGAUGCUUGCGUUUGUGUCAGACCCAAAAUUGUUAGUGCAGCGCCACAAAAACCAUCAUGGCUUCUGGAGUUGA